AUGUCAGUCAUUUAAAUUGUCAACGUAAACUGAAACGAGCACGAGUCAUCACCUGAGUUAACAAGUUCAACAUAACUAGGUCAAAGUUCAAUAUGUUUAACAUUAGUAACUAUAUAAUAGCUUUUCGUAGGAACAGAAGCUUCUCUUAGUAUAUAAAAGCCUUUCGGUAAACCUCGAUUUUGGACGAUUUAGCAGCUGAAAGAGCUGAAUAUUAACGUAAGCUGAUCUCCAAUUAGCUCCAGCUAGCCAGUUAGCUAAGCUAUAAAUGCGUAACUAUUAUAAAACACGCAGCCGUUUCUGACAACCUUCAUCUCUAAAGAACGAGGAAAACAUUCGUGUACGGAUGGACGAGCUAAAGAUGGAGACGUAUCCACCUAAUGAACUUUGUUGACCGGUAACUUCGUUUUACCAUUAUUUUGUUCCAUAUUUUGGACUUGGAGCAUGCACAGGUUUCAACUACUUCCGUAUGUUGUCACGUGCCUCUUAGCCAAUCACACAGCUCCUUUUACAUAUAAGUCCCGCCUCUCUUUCGACGCCACCAAUAGGCUGCCGGUGCGCACCAUGGUGCAUUUACUCGCACCGCAAACGAUCGAAAAUAUUGGCGAAACUGGAUUUUUGUGUUUCUGUUUGAAAUAUUUAACUAAGAUAUCAACCUGUAAUAAAUGUAAACCUCUGGCUCCUGACAUAUGUGUUUAUAUAUCGACAAUACAGCAUAUUGUUAAAUAAAUAAAUGAACACAAACCCCUCCCCUUCACGAGUCUUAUCCAAUAAGCACACGAUGAGGGCGGGGAGAGGUAAUGUUUACGUCUAGCUUGCUGCGAAGUGGGACAGAGUGUAAACUGCACCUGUCACACGGUCGGAUACAGCGGCACACUGGCAUGAGCCACUGCAAGACGGUGUACAGGACAACUAUUGUGAGAUCAACUGUGAACCAGGAGUUCAGCGCUGACUUUACUGGACAUGCGUAAAAAUAAGUCGUGCACGGCCUACUGUACACAUGGCAGCUGCUCGUAAAGGUGUUUGGUCCACAGAGCUGCCAUGCCGCGAAGAGGCAGGAGCGGCCGGGCUCAGCAUUUGGCCUGGAGCGAAGCACGGAAAGAGACAGAUGCCAUGGCAGUGAUCCAGACGUCGGACAGGGAGGAAUGGGAAGGCCGGGCGACGACACAGAGCAGCGACUUGGAGUCUGAGGUGGAUUACCUGGAGAGUUCUCAGGCCGUGUCUGAGGUGGUGGCCUCGCCCAGCAGAGUACCAGUGACAGGGGAGUCUUUCUGCCAGUGUGACCGUCAGGAAGAGCUUAAAAUGGGCUUCGGCGUCACCAGCGACUGCCUCUGUGGGGAGGAGGAUCAGGACGUUGACGUGUUCGUGCUCCCAGACUUCGACUGGGAGUGGGACGAGCGCUUCAAGUCUUCCGGGGCCUUCCUCGGCUGCGACAACAGGAAGGUGAGCUUUCACUCAGACUACAGCUGCGGCACAGCUGCCAUCCGCGGCACCAAAGAGCUCGCAGACGGCCAACACUUCUGGGAAGUCAAGAUGACCUCUCCCGUCUAUGGCACCGAUAUGAUGGUGGGAAUUGGAACGUCAGAGGUGAACCUGGAGAAGUUUCAAUUCAGCUUCGGCAGCCUGCUGGGGCACGAUGAAGACAGUUGGGGGCUCUCCUACACAGGUUUCCUCCAGCACAAAGGGGACAAAGUGAAGUUCUCCUCUCAGUUUGGCCAAGGCUCCAUCAUAGGAGUGCACCUGGACACCUGGCACGGUACCCUGACCUUCUACAAGAAUCGGCACUGCAUAGGUGUUGCUGCCACAAGGCUGCAGAACAAGAAGUUCUACCCCAUGGUGUGCUCCACAGCAGCUAAGAGCUGCAUGAAGGUGAUCCGUGCCUGCUACACACCCACCUCCCUGCAGUACCUUUGCUGUUCCCGGCUCCGCCAAAUGUUGCCGUGCUGCCCCGACGUGCUCAACGCGGUGGAGCUGCCCCCAGGCCUGCGCGCCCUCCUCCACGUACGGCUCGGCUGGGUCUUCACCCUCAGCAGCAGCCCCGAAGCCUCGGAGCAGAACGAGGACUUGCUUGAGGAUUUCCAGGAAGAGAUGAGCCUGCCUUCCAGCCCCAUCCCCAGCCCCAACCCGAGCCCCUGCUCCUCCCCGAGCCCCUGCUCCAGCCCCUUUCUUGACACAGUCGCAUACCAGUGCCCCCGUCAAAUGUCACCUCAAACUGGACCCUGCAGUCGCCACUGCCCUCCGACUCCUCCCGGCAGCGACUACGACAGCUGCUGCUCUGAACCGGAGGAUUACCAGUGCAAGAGGUGCCGCUGGACAUGACCCAAGUAGUCAAAACGUGUUUGGCACACAGCUGUUCUACCAUUGCCAUCAACUUGUCCUUUGGGAGAUCAUGGAGAUAAGAGCAAGCUCAUCUUUUAGCCAAUAUUUCUACUUUGAGUGAUUGUUACUUUUCUAUUAAGAAACUUUGUCAAUGAAUGUGAGACAUUUAAAGAAGUCGAGUGACAGCUGGGUCAUUCGGUUGCAUUUUAGCUGAUGGGGUUAAUAAUAAUAAUAAUAAUAAUAAUAAUAAUAUGUCACUGUCUUUGGAAGGCCUAAUGUUUGUUAUUCUCAUGUGUAACCUCCAGGGGGGGGGGGGGGAGAAAAGUUGUUUUGAUACUGUGGAAAUUACUUUUGUAAAAGUGUUUUGUAAUCAGCAUUUGUCUUGAAUAUCAACAGCGGUUGUGUUCUUGCUUUACUGUAAGAUUUGUUUUUCUAUAUAAAGUUUUGUUUAUUAACUUUCUUACUCAUUUAAAAUAAAAUGAAAAUGAAAAGUUUG